AUGAAUGUUUCUGAGACCGUGUUGUUCAGUGGUUCCUCACUAGCAUCUCAGGUUCAUGCUGCUGCCGUUAACGGACACAAGAGUGCUCUUCUAAAGCAAAUAGCAGGAAACCCAGAUCUGAAAGACAAAGAGGACCAAUUUGGGAGAACACCGCUCAUGUACUGUGUGUUGGCCGAUAGACUAGACUGUGCCGAGGCUUUACUGAAGACGGGAAUAGAUGUCAACAAGGCUGAUCAUAGCCAGAGGACAGCUCUCCACCUUGCUGCGCAAAAGGGAAACUAUCGCUUUAUGAAACUUCUACUCGCUCGUAGAGCAAACUGGAUGAAGAAGGAUUUGGAAGAAAUCACACCUUUGCACUUAACUACCCGGCACAGGAGUCCAAAGUGUUUAGCUUUGUUUCUAAAAUAUAUGGCCCCAGGAGAGAUUGAUACACAGGACAAAAAUAAGCAAACUGCUCUUCACUGGAGUGCUUAUUACAAUAAUCCAGAACACGUGAAACUUUUAAUCAAACACGAUUCUAAUAUUGGGAUCCCAGAUGUUGAAGGCAAAAUCCCCCUUCACUGGGCAGCUAACCACAAGGACCCAAGUGCUGUUCACACCGUCAGGUGCAUUUUGGAUGCUGCUCCCACUGAGUCUCUGUUGAACUGGCAAGACUAUGAAGGACGAACACCUCUCCAUUUUGCAGUUGCUGAUGGGAACGUGGCUGUCGUUGAUUUGUUGACGUCUUAUGAAGGCUGCAACGUGACUUCUUAUGACAACUUAUUUCGAACGCCACUUCAUUGGGCAGCUUUGCUGGGUCACGCACAGAUUGUUCACCUUCUUUUAGAGCGGAACAAGUCGGGAAGCAUCCCAUCUGACAGCCAAGGGGCAACCCCUUUACAUUAUGCAGCGCAGAGCAACUUUGCAGAAACUGUGGAAGCCUUCUUAAAACAUCCUUCUGUGAAAGAUGACUCAGAUCUCGAGGGACGAACAUCUUUUAUGUGGGCUGCUGGGAAAGGCAGCAAUGACGUCAUCAGGACAAUGCUGGAUUUAAAACUGGACAUUGAUAUCAACGUGGCAGACAAAUAUGGCGGCACGGCAUUACAUGCAGCUGCCCUUUCUGGCCAUGUCAGCACCGUGCAAUUGCUGCUACAACACAGCGCUCAGGUAGAUGCGACUGACGUCAUGAAACACACUCCUCUUUUCCGUGCCUGCGAGAUGGGGCAUAAAGAAGUGAUACAGACUCUCAUUGAAGGAGGAGCCAGAGUGGAUCUGGUUGACCAAGAUGGUCACUCUCCCUUACACUGGGCAGCUCUGGGAGGAAACCCAGACGUUUGCCAAAAAUUGAUAGAAAAUAAAAUCAACCCUAAUGUGCAGGAUUAUGCAGGCAGGACUCCCUUGCAGUGUGCUGCCUAUGGGGGCUACAUUAAUUGCAUGGUGGUGCUCCUGGAAAACAAGGCUGAUCCAAACAUUCAAGAUAAAGAGGGAAGGACUGCACUACAUUGGUUAUGUAACAAUGGCUACCUUGAUGCUAUAAAGCUACUCCUGGGGUUUGGUGCCUUUCCCAAUCAUAUGGAGAACAAUGAAGAAAGGUACACUCCACUUGAUUAUGCAUUGCUUGGAGGUCACCAUGAAGUAAUUCAGUUCAUGCUGGAGCAUGGUGCUUUAUCCAUCGCUGCCAUACAGGAUAUCGCAGCCGUCAAAAUCCAAGCAGUCUAUAAAGGAUACAAAGUCCGAAAAGCUUUCCAAGAUAGGAAAAACCUUCUAAUGAAGCAUGAUCAGCUGAGGAAAGAUGCUGCCGCCAAGAAACGCGAAGAAGAAAACAGAAGGAAAGCCACCGAGUUGCAGAAAGAAAUCAAGAACUUCAAGAUCAACGGGAUCCCAUUGCAGCGGCAGGAUCAGCAGUGCCUUUUGGGAAAGGAGACGGAAAGAAGGUUCCACAUCCCACAGCGGUGCCCCGUUCAGCAAGGUGAUGCUCAUAAGAAAAGGCCAUCCUCCAGCAGCACUUUUCGAGACCAAGCGGAAAGAAGCCGGAGGGACUCAGCUAUGAUCUUACUGAACAAGGAGGCCACCAGGAACCAGUGCCACUCCACAGAACAGCUCGGUGAAGAUCACAGAAGAAAAAAGGGUUGGUCAUCCCUGUAUUGCCUUUGGUCAGGGCUAGAAGUCUGA